UCUACAAAAAUAUCUGUCGCAACUGCAUUUUGUUAUCAGUGUUCUGUAUCGUUUGAAUUAUAGCAGCUAAAUGCUAAUGAAAAAUUUUGAUUACACGACACUGGACACAUAUUAAUACAUUAUACAGUGUACACAGGUGCUGACGGUGGUGACAAGGUUUAAAAUCGAUGAUAAAUUUAAAUUGUAAAAUCCAUUUUUUCCACCAAAUACCUACCUAUAACCUAGGUACACCGUACAAAGAAAAAUCAUCCGAAUGCAACGAAAUGAUAAUAUUAAAAACGUAUUAAUAUUGAAAUACGGUUACGUGGUGCGUCCUUUUUCAAAAGUAAAUUUUUUCUAAAUAAUGUGUGCUAUAAUAGUAUAUAAGAAGUAUUAAAUACCAGCCGGUAGUCACUGAAACUGAACUCAGAAAAUGGGGAAAAAACAGAAGAAAAAACAAGAAACUCCCCUCGAACCAAUCGUGGUAUUGGAUAGAUUGAAUUUGGACUCCGUCAAAGUUAAAGAAGAAUGGAAUUGUAGUCAGGUAGAACCGACUAAAGUUGCAGAAAACCAAGAAUUGAAUAGCUCGUAUAUAUCGAAAAAUGAUGAUUUGUGGUAUGGGUCUUAUGUUCUGUUAGAACGUUUGUCCCCGACGCUUAUAGGGAAAUACAUAACACAGAAAAAAACCAAGAAGUCACCUUCCAAAAAGCGAUUAUCUAACAGAGUUGUUACACAACGUGAGAAACUAAUAUUGUUAAACAAUGAUCAACAAUCGAAUGAAAAUACAGGACUUGAAUUAUUUCAAAAAAGUAUAAAAUUAGAAGCUAGUACCAAUAAUUACGAUGUGUCCGAAGUUAAUAAAACCAACGAAGUCGUUGAGAAUUUGAUUCAACAUGGUAUUUUACAGCCAUUAACAGUAGAAAAACCUUGCGAGGAUGAAAGACAGAAGUGCACGGAUCAAGUUAAUUUAGAUGAUGUUAAGUUAGAAAAUUAUGAAAAUAAUGAUAACUCAGUACAAAAUAAUGAUAAUUUUAAGGACAGCGAAACUCAGUUGGAAGAAUUUUCUUCAAUGCCUGAUCAUGGGAUACAAGAUUUAAAUGAAGAAGAGUCGCAGCUUAAUAGAUUGCUGUUGAUAUCGGAACUGAAUAACGUCAAUAAUUUGCCGCUAAUUCCUGGUGAAACGGAAAGCAAUGUUUCUACUAAUGCAUUGGAUUUAGAGUCGUUAAUCAUUCAAGCUAACGAUAAUUAUUUAGCAUUGACUAGUGAGAACAAUAGCAAACAAAGUACAUGCGACGUGUGCUACAAAGAGUUUUCGGAUGAGAAGCAGUUAAAAGAUCAUAUCAAAGCUUUGCAUGACAAAGUUUUCGAAUGUUAUUAUUGUACAAAACAAUUUGUGUAUAAAACGUUUCUUCAGGCUCACAUUGCUAAACAUAUGAUGGAUAAAUCGUAUGCUUGUAAAAGGUGUGACGAAACAUUUCCAAGUAUGGAAUUUCUCUUGCACCAUAGAAUUUUUCAUCCGGAAACAAUAUGCCAUUUUUGCGGUCAACAAUUCAGAAACUAUAAAAUUUUUAAGAAACAUGUUAUCAAACACAACUAUAGAAUAGAGUGUAUCAAGUGUUCAGACGUAUUUGAAAAUAAAUCUUCUUGGAUGUUGCACAUGAAAGUUGCCCACGGAGUAAUGUCGCUUUUUAGGUGUGUUAUAUGUUGUGAUGAAUUUACUACUUCGGAUUGUCUAAUAGACCAUAUCACUUUGUGUCACCCUCCGCCGCCUUCCAUCGCCUCAGACGUUGUGGAUGAUACAUCUAUAGACGAUCAAAUUAAAAAUAACAAUUCGAAAAACACUAAACGUUACAACUGUCAUCAUUGUGAAAAAAGUUUUCGCAAAAAAAUUAGCCUCAUCAAUCACUUGCAAGUGUGUCACGAAAAGUUGGAAAGUUUCAAAUGCAAUUAUUGUCGGCGGAGGAUAGGAAAUAAAAAAUAUUUAGUGAAACACAUAAAAUAUCACAUGAACAAAUCAAUAGCAAAAUCAGAUUAUAAUGUAAGUAAUAAUGGUUCAACUAAAAGAGAGGUACUCGACAAUCGAGCUGAAGACACCGAUCAUUGUAGUGAUAUUGUCAUUAAAUGUGACAUUUGUAAUCAAGAGUUCAAAAGAAAGAAGAACUUGACAAAACAUGUAGAUAUAGUUCAUAAUGGAAAUAACAAAUUUCAAUGCAAUUAUUGUGAUAGGAAAUUCGGAUACAAAAGUGCUAUGGUAAGACAUUUGAUAGUUCAUUUGUGGAGUAAAAGAAAAUCUAAUAAUAAAGACAACCAAAAAGCAGCAUUUGAGUUGACAAGUAAUAAUGCAAACACCAGCUCAACCACUAAUAAAAUGUUAAUAACCAAAUCACCAAAAAUGUGCUCAAGUUUCAAAUGUGAUUUAUGUUCUAAAGAGUUUAGGAAAAAAACAAAUCUUCAAGAACAUAUCGAAGCUCAAGAUGGACAAUGUUUGUUUGAAUGUAAUUUCUGUAAGAGAAAAAUAAAAUUAAAAAGCUGCCUGAGAAAACACAUAGAGAGCCAUGUAGAAAAAAUAUGUUUACACACUCAAUUGCUGUCAUCGGACUUGCAUAACAAUUCAUCCGAUCGACUUUGUUACGUUUGUGGCGAACAAGUGCACAAGAUUAACCUGUUAACAACGACCAUUGUGGACCAAAACUUGUCUAAUUCAGUCGACAACAAUUUAAUUAAUAACCCAUUUACUACGAUAACGUCUGUAAAUAACGAAAAUGAGAAAACGUUUUUUGCAUGCGAAACUUGUGGAUUACGAUUUCAUUUCAAAAGUUUACUGGUUGAUCAUAGUUUUAAAUGCAAUUCAAACUCAAACUCGGCUGACAACACUGCGAUGACUAAUUUGGCACAUGAAUUGAAUUCGAACAUUAAACACUCUGAUGUGCAUAUAUGCAUUAAGUGUAACUUAACGUUUGUAUCCAAAACUAAUUUAAAAAGACACAUGAAAACCGCUUUAACCUGUAGAUGGUAUUUCGAUGACACUUUAAAGUUGCCCACUCACCCUAAUGUGUCUAUUCCGGAUCUACUAGACAAUUCUGACUUAGAUUCAGUGCAUUCACAAGAUAAUUUCGAUCGACCGUCGGUUCAUAAUUUUUUUGAAAAUAACAACCACUGUAAUAAUUCCAGCGAAGAAGAAACUACAAUAACGUCCGAAAGUAGCAAUACUGAUAAGGCUAUUAGUAACAAACUAAAACCAGAAAUUUGUGAAAUUUGUGGGUUACAAUUUGAAUACAAUGAUUUACUGGUACAUCAUUACAGGAAAUCACAUAAGUUCUCUACGAAGUUUCAAUGCAAAAAUUGCAAGAAGUUUUUCACAAGAAAAGAUCACUUGAUUAGACACAUUGCGAGAAAAACGGUGGCCUGUUUAAAGGCUUUUGAUAACAAUAGCUCGUCGUCUACACAUUCUGAAUCGUCGUAUAAUGCACCCGCUCUGACUGUAAAUAAUAAAUUGAACUUUAAGUCGAUAGACGACGCAACGAAAACAAAAGUGACUAAUCAAGUGAAUGCAAACAAUUCGACGGUGUCAAAUGAAAAAUGUCCUGUAAUGACUGAACAUGUUCAGAGUUCAUUAAAAAGUACAACACACUCCCAACAUAGUUCUGAUCAACACUUGGUGAAUAAUUUAAAUGAUUGCAUCGAUUUAACCGAGGAGCUGUCGAAUGAAGAAACUACAAUAACAUCUGAACAAAUUGAUAGAGAAAAACCUUACCCAUGUGAAAUUUGUAAAUUGCGAUUUAAGCACAGACAUUUACUGCUUAAUCAUUACAAGUUAGAUCAUAAACGACCCAACGAUAUUCAAUGCACAAAGUGUAACAGAUUGUUUACCAAUCAAUAUAAUUUAAAAAGACACUUGAAGUACACAAUGUCGUGUGCAGAGCUUUCGGAUGGCAAAGGUUUAUCGCCUACUCGUUAUAAUGUGUCCAAUCAUGUAUUGUCAGGGGAGGCUAUGGUUGAGUCUAACCCGAAAACCAUAACGAUAUCUGACGAAAGUGUCUACAAAUGUAGCCGCUGCAACAUAGGGUUUCAUGAAAAAUCUGAUCUAGAAAAACACUCGACAAACUUGAACUGUCAAACCGAUAACACUUUUGAGUGUAAAUAUUGUCAAAAAAAAUUCAAAAUUGAAACUCUCUUUCGCACUCACGUACAAAAUCAUGAAACGUCUGAGUUACAGUACACAUGUAAGAUAAGUUCUUGCACUAAGCAAUUUUACAAUAAACCUAAUUUACUGAAACACAUGGUCGAAGAUCACAAAGAAGUCAAGCCCUACAAAUGUAAUUUAUGUGAAAAGUCCUUUAGAUGCAUAAAAACAUUUAAAAACCACAAGAUUAGACAUUCGAGCUCGUCAUAUAAAUGCAACAAAUGUAAUGAUGCGUUUACAACAGAGGAUGCAUUGAACAAGCAUUCAAAAAAGCAUAUUAGUAUAGAAUGUGUCAUUUGCGAUGUAAAAUUUUCUUCUAUGAAAUACUACAAGAUACACAUGUUUAGACACCAGAACCACGUCCAAUACAAAUGUGAUGCAUGUGAUAAAACAUUUACAAGUAAUUCGACGCUGAAAAAACACAUACGAAUAAUUCACGAUGGCGCCAUGGACUAUGAAUGUAAUUAUUGUGGUCGAAAAACAGCCUACAAAAAUCAACUAAAAAAACAUAUUUUACGACAUCAUUGUGGCAUAAAAGAACGACCUCCAAGUUACGAGUGCAUGCAUUGCGAUAAAAAAUUCUACAUGGUAGCCAACUUGUACAAGCAUAAGAAAAUUCACCAAACCACUACCCGAAUGGUUUGUAACAUAUGUGGUCGGUCUUAUAAGAGUGAUAGAUAUUUUCGAAUACAUUUGCGAGACCACGAAAACCCUGAAAAAUACAAGUGUCUUAUUUGUGGACGUUUGUGUAUGAGCAGACUCAGUCAAAUCAGUCACAUGAAGAGUCAUACGACCAAGAUAAAUUGCGAUUUAUGUUGUAAAAUAUUUACGUCAAACCAGUCUUUUAAAAAGCAUUGUGAUAUCGUUCACAACAAAGGUACCAAAGACUUUUUAUGCGAUUUGUGUCCCAAAACCUUCUAUGAAAAACAACAUUUACAGAUACACAUGACCGUGCACACGGGUGAAAAAUCACACACUUGCACCACCUGCGGUAAGAAUUUUGCUAGGCUAUAUACACUUCUCAUGCAUCAGCGAGUGCACACCGGCGAAAAACCAUACACUUGUACUGAGUGUAACAAGUCGUUUUCUAGACCGUCCAACUACAAGGUACACAUGAAGAUGGAACAUAACGGCCGCAAAUGUGAGAUAUGUAAUCUUGAGUUCAGCCGUUCUGCUGAACUGACCAUGCACGAGCGUACCCACAAGAGAGGCGAUAAGUUUGUUUGUGAACUGUGUGACUUUGGGUCAUACUCUGUCAAACUUGACCUAAGAAAUCAUAUAAAAAAAUGUCAUGGCGACGAUGUUAACUGGUUUGAUGUUUGAUUUGAUUGAAAUCAAAGUUUUUACUUAAAACAGCUAGCUUCUAUUUUUUUUUUUUUUUUUAUAAUACAAUUUUUAAUUACUCAAAUUGUUUUAUCAUGUAAAAUCAAUCAAAAUCUACGUCUUAAAAAACAGUUGAGACUUAAUUGUAAUUUGUAAUAAGUUAGUUAGUUAGUCUAAUUUUAUAAAACAAUAUGUAGACUAUUUUAAUUUUAAUAAGUGACAACAUGUAUUAUUUUACUAACUGAAACUGGGACCAUUGUCAAGUUGCAAUUUUUUUUUUAUUAAAUAAGCACUACUUAUUAUGUUUGUAUUA